AUGGCUGACAAGGAUGAGGUGCUUGAAGAGGAUGCGAAACAAAACGAUAAACAUAAUUGGGGUGCUGCCGAUCUCAAAAAGGUGAAUGAAGUUGUAGAGGAUAAGGAUGACUUGAAUAUGUCCUCUGAUGCUCUUGGGAAAAUUAUGUCUAAUCCUCAACCGGUACGACAAAAAAUUAUCAAUAUUAAGAAGGACGAUCUAGAGAUGAUUAUGCACGAAUUAGAGCUCCCUAAGAGCGUUGUAGAGAAGAAAUUAAUCGAAGUGAAUGGUGAUCCAAUAGCAGCAAUGAAAAGCUUUAUGGGAUUCGAUCCGUAA